AUGCAUCAUAAUCAAACUAUUAUAGUAGCUAUUACACUACUGUUGUUGGUGUUAUUGGAAUAUAACAAUCAGGUGGUUGAAUCAGUAUACAUAUUGAAUUGGAAUGAAAAGGCGUUGUGGACUGGUUUCGGAAUACAUCCAUUCCCGUUACCAAACUAUGUAGGACAAUAUAUAACCAAGAAAGAGUGUGAGGUAGAGUGCUACUAUUUGGGUGACCGAGCAAGAUUGGCAGAUGCUGAUGCAGUACUGUUCGAACCACAACAGAUUGGAGGAUGGGUCAGACAAUACUUUGACGACCCUCUCACACCAUUUCCUCAAAAGGAGCCACACCAAAAGUGGAUCAACUUUGGCUUUGAACACGACGAGUACUUUCCAUUAGCAUCUGAAAAAAGAUUCGUUCAACAUAUGGAUAUCAACAUGACCUAUAGGAGUAGUUGUAACGUACCCACUACAUUUGCAUGUAGUUGGGGACAACAAUAUAAUGGAUCGGUCAAUGACUUUUAUGUCACUCCAAAAGAGUUCAACGUCAAAAGGAGUGCUGCCGUAUUCAUGGCUGAAAAUUGUUGUCUUGGUGGUGCUUCAUUUAGAAAUAUUUAUUUAUUGGAAAUGAUGAAAUAUACAAAGGUUGAAAGUGUAGGAUCAUGUUUACACAAUUAUGAUAUUCCUGUAGAGGAGACUCAAAAAUCGAUUUGGACAGACUUGGGUAAAGCAAUGAUCAACAAGGUUAGAAUCCUAGGAAGAUAUAAAUUUGCUCUAACAUUUGAAAAUAAUAAUCUAACAGACUAUGUAUCUGAAAAGGUAUAUACUGCUUUAUUGAGUGGAGCAUUACCAGUUUAUAUGGGAGCACCAAACAUUUAUUCAUAUAUUCCAGAGAAUAGUAUCGUUGACACUAGUAAAUUCUCCAAUCCCAAACAAUUGGCAGAUUAUUUAAAUUAUUUGACCAAUAAUGAAACAGCCUAUCAAGAAUACUUUGCAUGGAAAAAGAAACCUUUGCCACAACACUUGAUCGAGAAAUAUGAAAGGUGUAUUUUCUAUACAGGUGAAUGUGCUCUUUGUAAACAUGUUGAUAAACUUUUAAAAGAGGAUAAAUUAAAAUUAGGAAAUAUUGUUCAAUAUCGAGUAAAUUAUGGAGAACCAAAUCAUGUAAGACAUUCAAUGAGAGCACUCAGUUUAAAGAAUGGAACUUGUAUGAGAUUAUAUCAAGAAUCAAAAUCUCACGUAAUAGGUGAUAAUGGAUUCACCAUAUCAUUUUGGAUUGAACCUUUUCAUCUCGGUACAUCACAUAUCAUUGAAAUUGGAGAUACCAACUAUAAAUGUGAAAUUCAGACAUAUAGGAUACUAAAGAAAACAUUUAUUAGAUUAUGUGUCGAUGGUCAAUGCUUUGCGAGUGAAAGACCACUACGAAAAAAGGAAUGGACUCAUGUAGGAUUUGUUUUAACAGAGACCAAGGCAAUAAUAUAUAUGAAUGGAAAGCCAGAUGUUGAGGACCUAGUCGGAGGUGGUCCCAAACCAAGUGGGCUCGAUCUCAAGGUUGUUUCAGUUGGCUGUGACAGACCAGCGUUGGCUGGUCAUAUGGACGACCUAACGAUAUACAAGAGAGCACUGACCGAGGAUGAAAUAGGCAUUUUAAUGCACAAAAAACUAAGAGGCAAUGAAAAGGAUUUGAUUCUCUACCUUACAUUCAACGAUAUCGAUGGACCAACCGAUUACUCGAUCAACCACUACAGCGCCAAAUCACAACUCGCCGACACUGUCGAAAUCACUCAUCGUCCUCUCAACCUACGUUGUUGCGAUUAUAAGAAGAAUUAA